AUGGCGAACAAUCUACAGAAACAACUAUUUGCUAAGAAGUUCAAAGAUGCUGAAGAGGUGCUUCGGACCAUGGAUGAUCAAGGCAAUGACGCAGCACCGGACACAGAGUCAGAUGAUUUAGGCGAACUCCCGGCCUUUGGUUGCGGGGGUAUAAGGCCUAGAAGGCAUGCUAGCUCUAUGCCCGUGGGAGAUAACGACAGCUGGCGCAAGUACUUUGCGGUCAACGAAAUGUUCGCGAUACCCGAGCGUAACUUCAAAUUCAACACAUACUACAAACUUCCCCAGACAACUAAUGCUGCUUCCAUACCAGUUUUCAUUAUGCACCAUGGCGCGGGCUCGUCGGGGCUUACCUUUGCGCCUCUUGCGGACGAGCUAUACACGCGACUUGAGGGUAAAUGUGGAAUCUUCUCCUUUGAUGCCAGGGGACAUGGGGAGACCGUUCCGCUAGAUUCAACUUUGGAGGUCCCAUAUGAUCUUGCCACGUUCACUGCGGACUUUAACGCUGUCAUUAAGACACUACAACAGCGGAUCUUGCAACAUAAAAUACCAAAAGAAAAGCUAUCAAUAGUGCUACUGGGGCAUAGUCUCGGGGGCAGCAUAUGCACAACAGCCUUUAAUGCGAUGGAGAGUGCACUUCGGAGCAAAGUGGUCGGCGUGGCUAUUUUUGAUAUUGUAGAAGAGGCUGCUAUUGCAGCUUUAAAUAAUAUGUCACACCACCUAGCGACAACACCAACCUCCUUUGCUACUAUGCGUGAGGCUAUUGAAUACUACAUUGAGAAGGGUCUUUCGAAUCUACGCUCUAGCGCCGAAGUAUGUGUUCCUGCCUUGUUCCACAAGACCUCGAGAGGUAAAGCUGUCCGAAUAACAGAUCUUGCAAGCUUUCAGAAGUAUUGGCAUACCUGGUUCGUGGGCCUAUCGUCUCGUUUUGUGCAUUUACCAACUAGUAAGCUGCUGGUGCUUGCAGGCAGCGACAAUCUGGACAAGGAACUGAUCAUUGGACAGAUGCAAGGGAAGUACCAACUGGUAGUUUUUCAGGAAUCUGGCCAUUUUAUUCAGGAGGAUGCUCCGGCGAAAGCUGCCAUUACGCUGAUCGAAUUUUGGCGGAGAAAUGAUAACAAGAACGUUGUAAUCAAGACGAACUGGGGGCAGUGGAACUAA